AUGGCAAUAAGAACCCUGCUUGCCUUGCUGUUGGCGCAUGAAACAUCUCCUUUCGUACAAAGGGAGUGUGCCAACCAGUAUCCUCUAUCGAAUAAUCUACAAAGUACUGAAUGGAAACUUCAAGCAACGUCAACAACAAAAAUCACUGCUGGGAAUAUCAAACAAGGUGAUAGUCUUCUGAGAAGUAUCGCUUCGAUAGAUCCACACCCAGCAAUACCAGUCUGGCCGACUUGGGGAGGAGGAAAAGUUACUCCUGUUUCUUUUGGCGAUGAUUUACAAGAUCCGUUUCUGUUGCUUGCUCAUCACGACCACUGGUUUGACCCCAGAGACCCACUUCGUGGUCCGUUCAAGGCCUUUGGAAAGGCAUUAGGGCUUCCAUACGUUGAUGUGGAAGGGUUUUCAAUGCAUCCUCAUCGUGGCUUCGAUAUAUUCACUUACAUCUUGGAUGGAAGCGAUGGGUUUAACCACCUUGAUAAUUUGGGGGGAACAUCAAAACUAUAUAGAGGAGGCACUUGCCAAUGGAUGCGUACAGGAUCUGGUGUCAUGCAUGAAGAAUUUUGGGAAACCGACCCACGAAGAAGGACAAACAUUGAAUUGUUCCAACUGUGGGUGAACCUUCCAUCUCGACAGAAGUUUGAUGAACCUGCCAUCGAGUACAUUGGAACGAAUACUUCACAUCCUUGGAUAGAGAUCGAUAUUGUUGACGCAGAAACUGGUGCUAUCAAAGGAUCCAUACGAGACAUUACUGAAACACUUAACAAGGCGACACUCGCUUCUGAAGAUGAGGAAAGAAUUACUUCCACCAUCAAACCAAGACCCCCAUUACGGAUACUACACAUAAAACUGCAACCUGGUGGGCAGUGGUGCUGCCGUGUCCCAUCGACAGAAUCAGCAAUCGUAUAUAUCCGAAAAGGAAAAGCAACUAUCAUUUCACAAAGCCCGGGCGAAGAACCAGUGACAGUGAAACAACGAAACACUGCUACAUUUUCCAGGGAUGGGGAUCUCAUACACAUAGCGAACAGAGGCAACACUAUUUUGGACAUGGUCCUUUUGGCUGCUGUACCACUGCGAGAGCCAUUGGCAGCUGCAGGCCCAAUUGUGAUGAACAGUGCAGAGGAAGUUCAAAUGGCUUACCGGCAACUAGAAGAAGGAACGUUCUUAAAGCGAUCGUAUGUACUCAAACAACAUAGGGAAAAAGGAUACUGGAAAGCCUAA